AUGGAGGUGCAGUUAGGACCGGGAAGGGUCUACCCACGGCCCCCAUCUAAAACCUAUCGAGGAGCUUUCCAGAAUCUGUUCCAGAACGUGCGCGAAGCUAUCCAGAACCCGGGCCCCAGGCACCCUGAAGCCGCAAGCACAGCACCUCCCGGCGCCUGUUUGCAGCAGCAGCAAGAAACUAGCCCCCAGCAGCGGAGGCGGCAACAGCUUGGCCAGGAUGGCUCUCCCCAAGCCCACAUCAGAGGCCCCACAGGCUACCUGGCCCUGGAGGAAGAACAGCAACCUUCACAGCAGCACUCAGCCUCCGAGGGCCACCCUGAGAGCGGCUGCCUCCCAGAGCCUGGGACUGCUACAGCUCCUGGCAAGGGGCUGCUGCAGCAGCCACCAGCUCCUCCAGAUGAGGAUGACUCAGCUGCCCCAUCCACGUUGUCCCUGCUGGGCCCCACUUUCCCAGGCUUAAGCAGCUGCUCCGCGGGCAUUAAAGACAUCCUGAGCGACGCCGGCACCAUGCAACUUCUUCAGCAGCAGCAGCAGCACCAGCACCAGCAACAGCAGCAGGAGGUAAUAUCUGAAGGCAGUGGCACCAGUGUGAGAGCAAAGGAGGCCACUGGGGUUCCCUCUUCCUCCAAGGAUAGUUACCUAGGGGGCAAUUCGACCAUAUCUGACAGUGCCAAGGAGUUGUGUAAAGCAGUGUCUGUGUCCAUGGGACUGGGUGUGGAAGCAUUGGAACAUCUGAGUCCCGGGGAACAGCUUCGGGGAGAUUGCAUGUACGCGUCGCUCCUGGGAGGUCCACCCGCGGUGGUGCGUCCUGCUCCUUGUGCGCCACUGGCCGAAUGCAAAGGUCUUCCCCUGGACGAGGGCCCGGGCAAAGGCACUGAAGAGACUGCUGAGUAUUCCUCUUUCAAGGGAGGUUACGCCAGAGGGCUGGAAAGCGAGAGCUUGGUCUGUUCUGGCAGCGGUGAAGCAGGUAGUUCUGGGACACUUGAGAUCCCGUCCACUCUGUCUCUGUAUAAAUCCGGAGUGGUGGAUGAGGCAGCAGCAUACCAGAAUCGCGACUACUACAACUUUCCACUGGCUCUGACCGGGCCCCCGCACCCCCAGCCCCCGACCCAUCCACACGCCCGCAUCAAGCUGGAGAACCCUCUGGACUAUGGCAGCGCCUGGGCUGCUGCGGCCGCGGCGCAAUGCCGCUAUGGAGACUUGGCUAGCCUGCACGGAGGGAGUGCAGUCGGACCCAGCACCGGAUCGCCCCCAGCCACCGCCUCUUCUUCCUGGCACACUCUCUUCACAACUGAAGAAGGUCAAUUAUAUGGGCCAGGCGGCGGGGGUGGCAGUAGCAGCCCGAGCGAGGCAGGGCCUGUAGUUCCCUAUGGCUACACUCAUCCCCCUCAGGGGCUGGUGAGUCAGGAGGGUGACUUCUCUGCCUCCGAAGUGUGGUACCCCACUGGAGUGGUGAACAGAGUACCCUAUCCCAGUUCCAGCUGCGUCAAAAGUGAGAUGGGACCUUGGAUGGAGAACUACUCUGGACCUUAUGGGGACAUGCGUUUGGACAGUGCCAGGGACCACGUUUUACCCAUCGACUAUUACUUCCCACCCCAGAAGACCUGCCUCAUCUGCGGCGAUGAAGCUUCUGGCUGUCACUAUGGAGCCCUCACCUGUGGCAGCUGCAAGGUCUUCUUCAAAAGAGCCGCUGAAGGGAAGCAGAAAUAUCUGUGUGCCAGCAGAAAUGAUUGUACCAUCGAUAAAUUUCGGAGGAAAAAUUGUCCAUCUUGUCGACUCCGAAAAUGUUAUGAAGCAGGGAUGACUCUGGGAGCUCGUAAGCUGAAAAAACUUGGAAAUCUAAAACUACAGGAGGAAGGAGAAAACUCCAAUGCUGGUAGCCCCACUGAGGACCCAUGCCAGAAGUUGACAGUAUCACAUGUUGAAGGCUAUGAAUGUCAGCCUAUCUUUCUUAAUGUCCUGGAAGCUAUUGAACCAGGAGUGGUGUGUGCUGGACACGACAACAACAAGCCUGAUUCUUUUGCUGCCUUGUUAACUAGCCUCAACGAGCUGGGCGAGAGACAGCUUGUGCAUGUGGUCAAGUGGGCCAAGGCCUUGCCUGGAUUCCGCAACUUGCAUGUCGAUGACCAGAUGGCAGUCAUUCAAUAUUCCUGGAUGGGACUGAUGGUAUUUGCCAUGGGUUGGCGGUCCUUCACUAACGUCAACUCCAGGAUGCUCUACUUUGCACCUGACCUGGUUUUCAAUGAGUACCGCAUGCACAAGUCUCGGAUGUACAGCCAGUGUGUGCGCAUGAGGCAACUGUCUCAAGAAUUCGGAUGGCUCCAGAUAACCCCCCAGGAAUUCCUGUGCAUGAAAGCCCUGCUACUCUUCAGCAUUAUUCCAGUGGAUGGGCUGAAAAAUCAAAAAUUCUUUGAUGAACUACGAAUGAACUACAUCAAGGAACUCGAUCGUAUCAUUGCCUGCAAAAGAAAAAAUCCCACAUCCUGCUCAAGGCGCUUCUACCAGCUCACCAAGCUCCUGGAUUCCGUGCAGCCUAUUGCAAGAAAGCUGCAUCAGUUCACUUUUGACCUGCUAAUCAAGUCCCACAUGGUGAGCGUGGACUUUCCUGAAAUGAUGGCAGAGAUCAUCUCUGUGCAAGUGCCCAAGAUCCUUUCUGGGAAAGUCAAGCCCAUCUAUUUCCACGCACAGUGAAGAUUUGGAAACCUUCGUAGUCAAAUGCACCUUGUUCCCUUUUUUUCAGAUGUCUUCUGCGCUACUUCCCUGCAGUGCCUUGGGGGAAAUUCC